CGAGUGGUGUCAGCACAGCAGCGGCUCCGGCAGAGGGAGGAAUCAAGUGGGAUACGCGUUGGGCUGUGUUAUAUCAUUCGGCUUUCUGGAAUACUUUAAUUUUCCUCACAGAAGUUGGAAUGGCUGCUAACCACGAUAUGAGACGAGUUGUACGGCAGAGCAAAUUCCGUCACGUCUUUGGCCAGGCGAUGAAAAAUGACCAAUGCUACGAUGAUAUCCGGGUGUCAAGAGUCACAUGGGACAGCUCCUUCUGUGCAGUCAACCCCAAGUUUGUUGCCUUAAUUAUUGAGGCCAGUGGCGGAGGAGCUUUCCUCGUUCUCCCUCUUCAUAAGACGGGACGCAUUGACAAAUCCUACCCCACAGUGUGUGGUCACACAGGCCCCGUGCUAGACAUUGACUGGUGCCCCCACAAUGAUCAGGUCAUCGCCAGCGGCUCUGAGGACUGCACAGUGAUGGUGUGGCAGAUUCCUGAGAAUGGCCUUGUCACUUCCAUGUCUGAGCCCGUGGUGGUGCUGGAGGGCCACUCCAAGCGAGUUGGCAUCAUCACAUGGCAUCCAACAGCACGCAAUGUCCUUCUUAGUGCAGGUUGCGACAACCAGAUCAUCAUCUGGAACGUGGGCACAGGAGAGGCUAUGAUCAACCUGGAGGACAUGCACCCGGAUGUCAUUUACAGCGUGUGCUGGAACCGCAACGGUAGCCUUAUCUGCACCUCCUGCAAGGACAAGGCCAUCCGUGUCAUUGAUCCCCGCAAGGAGACCAUUAUCGGUGAGAAGGACAAGGCACAUGAGGGCGCUCGACCCAUGAGGGCCAUUUUCCUGUCUGAUGGCAACAUCCUCACCACAGGUUUCAGUCGUAUGAGUGAGAGACAGCUCGCCCUCUGGAACACGCAAAACAUGGAGGAGCCCAUAACUGUCAAUGAGAUGGACACCAGCAACGGAGUGCUCUUGCCCUUCUAUGACCCAGACACCAACGUUGUUUACCUCUGUGGGAAGGGUGACAGCAGCAUCCGUUACUUUGAAAUCACGGAUGAGGCUCCGUAUGUUCACUUCCUCAGCACCUUUGCCACUAAGGAGCCGCAGAGGGGCAUGGGCUACAUGCCCAAGAGGGGCCUUGAUGUCAAUAAGUGCGAAAUUGCGAGGUUCUUUAAACUGCAUGAAAGGAAGUGUGAGCCUAUCGUGAUGACUGUACCAAGAAAGUCGGACCUGUUCCAGGACGACUUGUACCCAGACACAUCUGGACCCGACCCGGCCCUGGAGGCUGAGGAGUGGUUCGAUGGCAAGAAUGGAGACCCCAUCCUCAUCUCCCUCAAGAACGGCUACGUCCCGGGCAAGAACCGCGAGUUCAAGGUGGUCAAAAAGAAUAUUUUGGACUGCAAGACGACCAAGAACGCAGAGAACUCAAGCCCUGCCAUGAAAUCUGCCUCUCCAACUCCUUCAAUUAAAUCUGAAGCCAAGCUGGAGGAGAUCUUGAAAGAAAUCAAAUCCCUCAAGGACCUGGUCAGCAGUCAGGAGAAGCGAAUCAUCAAACUUGAAGAGCAAAUGUCCAAAAUUGCCAUCUAGGGACCCUUUACCCAACCCGCUACAAUUCAGGACGUUCCAUUGGCUGGGGGGUGGGCGGGACCAGUCACUGCCUAUCUCAAUGACAGUGUUUCGUCUGAGGCCUGCCUAGCAAAGAUCCCUAGCAACAUUCCAGAAGAACUCUUUCUUAGCCAGCCCCCGACCCUCAUUUUAACACAGGUGGAAUAAGGAUGCGUGGCAAAUUUAGCAGAAAAUACUCCUUGCUUUUCGGUGGACUCUACUCCUUUUAUUGUGUGGCAGUCAUUUUUUUUAUUUUUUCUACAUGUAUUAAAAGCUCUUACAUAUUCCUUUUCCAUUUUAGAAGUAUGACCAAGAAAAUUCCAAUACCAAUAGUCCCCAUUUGCAGUUGCAUACCAAAACAUAUAUUUUUUAAGUAGGUAUCAGUGUUUCAUGUUAACAUACCCCAAAAUCAUAAUGUUGCCAAAUUUUGUUUACACCUCCUUAACAGUAUUUCUUUCUCUCUCUUUGUGGCAAGAGUCAAAACGCAAACAGGGACGCUCAGUGCAGUAGACUGACUAUGUAAGGAGGUCAUCAAUAAUGAACUAUGAAAUUAAAAUAAUUUCUAUAAAUCGGAUGGUUAUGCUAGGAAGAUUGACAUCUCAAACUCUGUAAUUAGGAGGAAAUGCACUCAAAUUGAAGACCCAUUUAGCUGCCAGAGUCUACACCAAGCACCCAGGCAUUACAUAAAUGACAAUUCUUGCUGUCUGUGUUGACGCUGCACUAAUUAACCUCCUGCUUUCUGCCAUUUUUUUCCUCAUUCCUUUUGCUUUUCCGUCAUUCUGACUGUGGACAAUAGUCCGCGUAAACAUGCAUUCCUUUGCUUCAUUAACAUUACUGGAGAAAAUGACAAACACAUUCCACAAAUCUCAUUGGCAGUUCUUGGUGUCGGGGAAAAAUUACUUCGAUAAAGUUCCUCUUUUCUGUGAACACUCUGCUGUAGUGACGCAGUUACACUGGUUGGUUGUUAUUGUGACAUCUCUGUGCUGCCUGUGGAAAGACCAACUUUGUGUAUUUUCAACCUCAGCUUUGCUUUGUUUAUACAAAAGGUCCAGUCACCGACCUCGGUGUUUAGCAGCCGCAGGCUCUGCUCGACACUCAAAUGUAGUCAAGUGUAGUGGGAUUAUUUUUUGUCAUUGUUCCUUUUACAGCAUACAGCAUCUCAGAUCUGUAUCUUCUGUACAAACAAAACAGGAAUUGGCAGGAAAUGACACCAAGUAAUCACACUCUGACUUGACUAUUUAAACCUUCUGGUGAGAAAACUGGAGAUUGCUACAGAAACUGUUCAUGAUCAACCUUAAAGGCCUGGAUUGUGUGUGAAUAUGUGCCUCAUGUCUUUGGUCUUUUGGGUACCUGUCACUAUGGAUGUUCCUGCGUUGUUUCUUAUUGUGGGGGAGGGUCAUGAAAUGAACAGUAGAGCAUCCGAGACUUUGCCUCUAACUUGGAUGAAUUGAAGAGUUGCUUCACUGUUAGUUUUAGCCUGUUUCUUGUUCCAGCUGUGCUUAUAUCCCUCUUAGCACUUCCACAUUUUUUUAAAUGGUUUAUUUCUCCGAUGCCCCCUGUUAAGUAUCAGGAAAAUCAAGGAACCGUUGAAUUGUCCAGUCUGAGCUGUUGAUGAUAAAAGCUCCUCUUGAUGUUUUAGAUUUGUUUCCCGUUGGGAAGCUGAGAACGGGUAAUGGUUCAGUCUGUUGUUUGCCUUUAAUAUUUGUUACCACUGUAAAAGACCUGAAAGUGCCAUAGAGGUGACCAUGGAAGUGUUUGUAGGAGACUGUUGUGAGAGUAGAUGUGUGUAGUAAAUGGGAGAGAGAUGAUAGGUGCCUAGAUUUAAAACACUUUGAGGUGCUAUGCUUAGUACAGACACUAUGUUCAAAGGACCCUGCUGCUGAAGUCCUGUGUCAGCCACCUGGAUGACAUCAUAAAGUCCUGCCAAUCCAUCCCACAAUGCACCGGGCGGCAUUACUGGUCUGGGUUUGUUAGUAAGCCUCUGACAUUUUGA